ACGAUUCAUACCAAGUUGGUAGUCAUUUCUACUUCACACGUACUUCAUCUGCCAGAUAAUAGCGUCACUAGAAUUGAAUACCAGAACUGCUUAUCGCCCAAAUCCGACGGCUCUACCGUCCUUGAGAAGCCCGAGGUUCGCUUCCGAGGAACGCGUUACCUCCAAACCGCAGCAGCAGCAGCAGCAUCAUCUUCUGCUCGCACCGUGUGCUAUAGAUAGUACGUCGUGUGACCGAAAAUUGACUUCUUCUGGACGGAUUAGACCGAUAGGAAAACCGGUUCACCGGGUGAGUUUGUCGCUGCGGCUGCCCCUACUCCUUCCUUUUUUGGGCGAGUUAUUUUCUGCCGUGUACAGAUAUAGAACUCGGUUGAGGUACAGGAGACCAAUCAGGGCGGGGUGUUCGAGGCGAAGGGGAAGAAACAGAACGGUGUGGGCCGAGGGGAAGGGAGGUCAAGGGGGGGAAUGCUGUUUAAUGUUGAUGAUUUUGAUACGGUGACUGCAACUGCACCCACGCCUGCAAUUGCACCUGCAGCAGCAGUGAGGAGGAGCAGGGACGUGGAGAGGGGAUCUUCAGGCCAUAUACCGUCGAGCAGGUUGCUGAAUAUCUCUUCAUUGACCAGUCAUCAUCUCGCUGCUCGUCGACUUGGGCGUAGUUGGACGGGGGCGAGUCAAGGAGGUGAAGACAGUCACCAUAUCAUGUCUGGUCUAUCAUCGUUGUUGUCCGACUCUGUGGAAGCUGGACCUAGUCGACCUAGAUAUUCACCUUCUUCGACAUCGGGAUUUUCAGGCGCAACACCAGGAUACGAUCCCAAUGUCGCGAAUCGCUACGCACCUUACCCUUAUCCCUCUCAAUCACCACGACGCAAACCUUCAUUCUCCAACCACGAGAUAGAUCAUCAUGACUUUGGCUCUGGCAGAAAUGAUCGAACCAGUACCCUACCACUCCUAUCAAGUCUAUCUGGCCCCUCAGAGAUUCUCAGACGUCGGAUCCCACAUUCCUGUUCAUUCCUACUCAACCCUCGUAUAGUCGCUCCCAUAGCUGGCUGGAUACUGGGUAUCUACCUAAUUCAUCAAUUCUUAUUCCCCCUACCUAUCCUCGACACUUCUUCCAUCGGAAUACCUGUGGAUCUUAAUGGUGGCGAGCUAUACGUCCCGCCGAUAGAGAAUGACGCAUCCUCAGCACAAUGGGUCAACUUUCAUCGACCGAGUGUAAAUGUCCCACAAAGAGAAGGAGACGACAACCUGGAUUCUCUCGAUUCAAGAUGGAGACCAUUUGCACCCUUGGAACCUCCCUUUCCAUUCCCAAGCUUGAAACCUACUCGAUUCCUCCCUGAUCACUGCAUGUCCGAUUGGUUCCUUCAUGGCGAGACAAAUUGUACGAGUGAAGAGGUCGGGCCAGAGGAACGAUUGGACGCAGUCUGGUUCUGGGUCAACGGCACGGAUCCGAGGUGGUUGCAGCAGAUGCAAAAAUGGAAGGUCGAUCUCAACGUUUCGACCCCAGAGAAGCACUACAGAGAAAACAACGAGCUCGUAUACUCCAUACGAUCUGUUCUCGCCGCUUUCCCUGGAAGGAUUCAGAAUGCUCAUAUCGUCUCCGCGGACUUCGAGUUCAAUCCUCAGGAUGUACUGCUCAUGCCAGAUACUGUUCUUUCAAAGCUUGAAUCAACCGUCAACGAUCCGACUCUCGCUGCCGCCGACUCCACACCGAUCCCAACGUAUAAUCUCAAGAGUCGGACCGGUCGACCCAUCUCCGAUCGAGUGGUUCAUCACCUCAUUACCAAAUGGCGAGUGGCUCAGACGCCCACCUGGCUAGACUUUUCCAAACGAGAUUUCUCCUCUCCUCAUCACCCCUUUGUCGAACCAUCACGAUAUUCUCGGAUCGACCAUCGAGGUCCGAUGACUUUGAAAGAGAUGAACUACCCUUUUCUACGAUACGCAACGCAUUCAGAGACGUUCCACGUUCCCUCUGCGAUGGAGCUAGAUAGAGGUGUGGCUCAAAGCGCCGAUCUAGAAUUCAGAUCCGAUGCCCUUCCGACGUUCAACUCGAUGGCCAUAGAGUCAAAGGUCGCCUGGGUCCCCGGUCUGUCGGACAUUGUCAUGACGCUCAAUGACGAUUUUUUCGUCCUUCGGGGGCAGGCGGUCUCUGACUUUUACUCUCCUUUUCACGGCACGAUACUCCGUUUCGACAUGACUUACGGUAUGCAAGUCCCCGCACGACUCGAUCCGGAACUCAUCACUGAGCCGGGUGAGAACGGUGGACUGUUCCAUGCGAAUUACCUGCUCUCUCAACGGUUUCCAGAUCGCUCCAGACACUAUGCCGCCCAUGUACCCAAAGUCAUUUCGCGAGAAAUUCAAAAUGAGCUGGGGAUCAUGUUCAAAGACAAGUUGUUCAUCAGUGGCGAGAAAAGGUUUCGGGAGAUGGCUCUGGGAGAUGGAGAUAUUCAGACCUUGUGGAUGAACCUGCAUCUCAGGGUGAGUCGUUGUCAGAUUCAGAGGCGAGAUUCACACGCCGACAAUGGGGGGUGGGCGCAGAUUGAACGGUGGCGAGAAGCUCUGCUAUGGACAUACGUUGUCGCCAAUCUCGGGACGAAGAAUGGAGAUGGCAUGUGGGGUCCAGCGGCUCGUCGAUCGCUGCAUGAUCUCUUUGGACUGCAGCCUGAAGAGCAAAAGGAUGACCACCUACAAGUCCUGGUCAGAAAAGGCAAUCGCGACACGAUGAAAAACAGGCUCCUCGAGAAACAUCUCGAACAGGCUGGAUGGGAAUUGCCAAAGACCACCUCGAUGUUGUUCUCAUCCAUGGACGGCCAUGUCCCGCUGUUGAUUAAGCCGGGCAGUCGGGCGAACCCAAAUCUUCAAUGCACUAUCGACUUUGCGCAAUGUUUCGGUUCCUUCUGGACGAAGAGGAAGGAGAUUCCCGCAGAGAACAUGUUCAAACACCUUGCAUUCGAAGAGCCAGAGUGCGGUGACUGUAUGAUCAUGGCUUUAGUCAGCGCCUCUGGAUCACUGGGACUAUCUGCGUUUUUCCCACCACCGGAAAGAACCGUCAAAGUCCACUCGUCCACCGUGGUGACUGUAGACGAGGAGGACCUUGCGCCUCCCCACCUUCCCCUUACACCAACAUGGCAAGAAGCAGAUUUUUCCAUUCAAAAUGUCUUGCGUCAGACCGCUCGGGGAGAUGACUCGGUCCAACUCGACAAGUGGUGUAUGAAAUUGUUGUCUAGAUAUAUCUACGCUACGGGUCGAAGCAACGCUCGAUUCCAUCAAUUGCUAGGUCCAGGAGGUGCCAAGAGUACUUUCCGAACGCUCGAUCGAUCCGCCACCCUCGCGUUCGUAGGUAUAAACGAUGACAUUGUUACUGGAUACGAGGAUGUCCGGAGACAAAUGGGUGAAUGGUUUGAGAAGAAAUGGCCUGCGAAAGCUGUCUGGGAGAGAGGAUGGGAUAGAAAAGUUCAUUGGGCGGAGGAUGGGGCGGCGGCGGCGGUGUGAGGUGAAGAGACUGAGCCGGCUAAGGGGAGAGGGGACAAACAACGCUGGGCUGUCAGGAAUCUCAAGCACGGAUCAUCAUUAGUUGUAAAAAAACGCAUCUAGAGUUGUCAUUUUUCGCAUCUUCCGUAUCUCAUCUUGCAUGGCGAA